AUGUUGGAAUUGUCCAUCUUGUGCUGGGUGCACAAGAAAAGUGAUGGAUGCACAAAGCAAUUGCCCUUAGUCUUGUAUGUCUCCUUUGGAAGUGUAUGUGCUCUCACUCAACAACACAUUAAUGAGCUAGCUAGUGAUGUUGAUGUUAAAAAUGAUGACCCUUUAGAGUUUUUGCCACAUGGGUUCUUGGAGAGGACUAAAGAACAAGGUUUGGUUAUCACUUCUUGGGCACCUCAAACCCAAAUCCUUAGUCACACUUCAACUGGUGGAUGUGUGACCCAUUGUGGUUGGAAUUCAAUAGUUGAGAGCAUUGUUGCGGUUGUGCCAAUGAUAACCUGGCCAUUGUGUGCUAAGCAAAGAAUGAAUGAUGCUUUGGUAACUGAGGGACUCAAAGUGGGGUUAAGGCCCAAAUUUAGAGAGACUGAUGGCAUCGUGGAAAAAGAAGAAAUUGCUAGGGUGGUUAAAGAUCUAAUGUUGGGUGAUGAAGGGAAAGGGAUUCACCAAAGAAUUGGAAAGCUUAAGGAUGCUGCUGCUGAUGCUUUGAAAGAACAUGGGUCCUCUACUAGAGCACUUUCCCAAUUUGGCACUGACUUGGAGAACUGA